CUUAUUUAUUAUAUAAUAGUUUUUGGCAUUCUUCAUCUUUCACUCAUUUCCUAUUUCUAUUAUUCUAUUCCUUUCCUUGUUUCCUUUCUAUUCUUUUUUACUCCGAAGACCUUCAUCUUAUCCACUUUUCCCAAGAAUUUAUCUUUACCUAAGUAAUCCUCUUCUUUUACCCCAAUUAUCACUAUUUCUUCCUGUAUCUAUUCAGCGUAUUCUUCAGUCCCAUUACUUUGUCAAAUAUAUGUCUGCUUAUCCUAUCUUUACUCAUUCUCGUCAUGUGACCAAAAAAUUCCAAUCUCCUUUUGUUUGUUCAUUGGUGCUUCUAAAACUUCGACAUCUUCAUACAAUUCUUGAUUAUUUUUAGGCCAUUACUCAUCUUCACCUUUCUUGGUCUAUGGCUUCACCUUCUUUUCUGUUUUCAGUACUGGUAAAUCUCAAAGUCUCCAUUUCAUAUAACACUACAGGUCCAACUUCUGCUUCAGUCUUAACUUUUGAGAAAAGGUUCUUGUUUUUAAAUAUUUAUCUAAGUUGAUUUAACUUCUUUGUUAGUCAUCGACUGUAAAUCGACCUCAUUGUUAUUCAUGAGUUCUCCUAGGCUUUUGAACUAUUUUACAAUUUAGUUUUCCCUAUUGGUUCUUCUCAAGUUUUUUUUUAUUUAUUUUUAUAUACCGUAAUAUUUAUAUUUAUUUUUUUACAGUUCGUUGAACUAAACGCGAUAUUAUUUUCAUUCGCAAAAACAUAUGACAUAAAUACACGUAGUAGCAUGUAAAGUUCAUAGAAGUUCUUAUUAGUUGUGAUAAUCGUAUAUUAGUAGAAUAUAGUCGAAUUUAAAUUAAAAGAGUUGUGUAUAGAGUUUUGGUGAUUGAGUUUCUGAACCAAGCAUUAAUCAUGGAUAAAAUGAACUCAAUUCUUUACGACAUGUGUCGUCUACGUGAGAAUUAUGAUUCAAAAUGUAUAAUGAACAAGAUGGAAUCGAAAAUUAAAUUCUCUUUCGGCUAUAACGAAGGCCGUAAUAGAAGAGAACUCCUUGCAAUGUUUCCAAAAGAAAUUGCAGAUGUUUUAGCCUCAGAUGAAGAUUCCUACAUCUCCUCAAGUUACAAAUCAUCUAUUCUUGAUGAUAACCCUCUGACCAUCGAUUUUUUGAGAUCACAUCGGCGGAAAGAAUUUAGCGGGAAAUUUUUCCUUGAUCUAAGAGGAAAUGAGGUAGAGAAGAACUUAAACAGGAGGUUAAAUGACUCAGAUUUAGAUUUCUUAUUUGACUUCAUUGAAAAAAGGCCUACAAUUUGCGGUCUCCACCUUCCUUAUAACAAUAUAACGAACCAUGGUUUCGCAAAGUUGUCUGAUUUCUUAGCCUAUCAAGGUACCAUUAAAUACGUCAACAUAAUGAACAACGAAAUCACUUAUCUAGACCAAAAGAAGUUGGGAGAGGCAAUAGGCAAGUGGAAGGUCCAGUGUUUGAAUCUUAGAGGAAACAAGAUUGGACGAAAAGGUGGCGAAACGAUAGCGUACCUAUUGACGAAAAAUUCUACGCUAAAGCACGUUGCUCUUGGUGAAACGGACCAGACGGUGAAUUCGGUUAUAUCGAUAGCGGACGCUCUGAUCCAGUUUGGAGGAAACAAUACAUUGACCAAACUCGACUUGACCAAGAGCCUGCUAACGACAAAUGUCGGUGAACUAUGCCGACACCUCGCCUGUGUCUUGGAAGUUAAUCGAACUAUUGCCGAACUGGUCCUUUCCAAAAAUAACAUUUCAGAUCUCGAUUUGGAAAUAUUGCUGGAAGGAUUUAAACAUCAGCAUGUCCUUUCUCGUCUCAACCUUUCUUGUAACCACAUCUCCAGUCACGGCGCAGAGCUGAUUGCAAAUAUCCUUCCUCAGGCCAAGCUGAAGCUUCUAGUUCUUGCUACGAACAUAAUAAAUGACUCAGGAGCUAUGGCUUUAGGAAGAGUCUUCUCAUUCUCCAAGCUCACAUUUUUGGACGUCUCGAUGAAUCAUAUCAGUGACUUGGGAAUGACUCAUUUAGUAUGGGCCAUCUGCAGGCCGAUGGAUGGUUUCUUCAUUCAUGGAAAUAAAUUCACGGAGUAUACCGCAAAAGUUAUUCACUCCCAGUGUAUAGAUUUAGCGCUCGAUCCUAAGACCUUAGAUAUUCGGCUUUGGUUUGACGAUACGGGGAGUAUCCACUACACGCGGAGAAACCUCUGGCGGUAUAGCGAUUGGUACUACUACGUACCCGAAUGGAAAAAAAAUGACACGAUACAGCACUGCUGCUGUCCUUUCAGAGGCGGUAUAAUGGUGCAGUUACAAAGUGAUGAUUAA